AAGUGUGCCGCGGAGCUGGGUCGCUGGAGUGACACCGGAGUGACACCGGAGUGAAACCAGAGGACCGGGUCUUCACUGGGCCUGGAGCGGUUCCGGUUCGGUUCUGCUCUGCAUGUCACAGCCUCGGGAUCCGCGGGUCACUGCUCGGUUCGUGUUGGAGGUCGAGAGGUCAUGAUGGCGGACCACACGGAUGUCAGUCUGCUGCCGGAGGAGCGGGUCCGAGCGCUCACCAAGAAGGGAAGCACGGUGGAGGUGAACGACCUGGUGCCGCUGCGCCGCUACUUCCGCUCGGGCAUGGAGAUGGUCCGCAUGGCCAACGUGUACACGGACGAGGGCAACAUCGAGCACGCCUUCGUCCUGUACAACCGCUACAUCACGCUCUUUAUAGAGAAACUUCCCAAACAUCGAGAUUACAAGACGGCGAACGUUCCCGAGAAGAAAGACACGCUGAAGAAACUGAAGGAUGUUGCCUUUCCUCAAGCAGAGAUUCUGAAAAAAGGUCUUUUGAGGAGAUUUGAACAAGAACACGCACAAUAUCUCGCCAAAAAGAAAGUGGCGGAUGAGGCGCUGGCUCAGGAGCAGUCUCGGCGCCGGGCGCUGGACGCCGAGCGGGAGCGCGUGGCCGAGAUGACGCGGCGGCAGCGGGAGCAGGAGCAGUUCAGUGCCUUCGAGGAGAUGAUCCGCCGCCAGGAGCUGGAGAAGGAACGCCAGCGCGUGCUCCUGGAGUUCGCCACGCCCAGCGCGCCCCCCCCGGAGACGCCCCUCCUUCCGGGCAUCCAGGGUCCCCCGCUGGCCCCCCCCGCCGCCCCACAGAGCCUGGGGGGGGACGUGUCCAGCGGCACCGACCACGAGUACAGCCCGCCUUCAGCCGGCGGUACGCCUGCCGUAGCCCCGCCCACCUUCGACCGCGCCCUCAAGCCCGGCUCGCUGGUCAGCCCCGGGAACAACAAUACGAUGUCGGACGCCGUUCGCCAGCUGGCGGUUCCUGCGGAGCUGUGCCGGAGCUUCCUGCGGCUGGCCGAGGCCAACACCAGCCGGGCUGUGGAGACCUGCGGCAUCCUGUGUGGCAAACUGACCAGAAAUGCGUUUACUGUGACACACGUCAUCGUACCGAAGCAGAGCGGUGGACCCGACUAUUGUGACACGGAAAAUGAGGAGGAGCUCUUCCUCAUACAGGACCAGUACGAUCUCAUCACGCUGGGCUGGAUUCAUACUCACCCGACGCAGACGGCCUUCCUGUCCAGCGUGGACCUCCACACACACUGCUCCUACCAGAUGAUGCUGCCGGAGGCCAUCGCCAUCGUCUGCUCGCCCAAGUUCAACGAAAUCGGUUACUUCAGUUUGACGGAGCGAGGAACAGGUGAGAUCUCCACGUGUAAAGAGAAAGGCUUCCACCCCCACAGCAAAGAACCCCCUCUAUUCACACACGCCGGACACGUCACCAUCACCAACGACACUGUGUCCAUGAUGGAUCUGCGGUGAUUCAGUUCCACCAGAAGACCCACUGACUGUUUUAUCAACUGAAGACUGGACAAAACACUUGUUUUAUCGUCGGGACGGUUACCGAGCUAAUGCCGCCCUCGAGUUUACCAUUUACAUGGACUUCAGUUGUUCUCCAAAGGAACAACAACGUGAACUUAUGUUUUUGUUCUGUCAGAAAACCAAUCUACAUAUAACUGCACUUUUUGAGCGAAACCAACUUCAACCCACAUCGUGGACUCGUCGGCCUCUGGCUCUUCAACCUCCUUUGUCUGUGUGAACGUGUGCUUUACUUCCCAUUCAGAUUUUUGUUUUAUAAAUAAAAAUGUGUUUAUCAGUAACAGGUGAGCGUCUGGUCACUCAGCCUUUGUUAAUGUAGAAGUUGGGUCCUUCCUGACUGAUGAAGUGCCACGAAGGAGAAGGUUCACCGGUGGAGUUGUUCACUGUGCAGCACGACGUUCAGUGUAAAGUCUGAAGUUUGUAAUCACAUCUUUGUUCUUUUACUAGACUGUAAAUAAAGAUGAACGUCCCCACUUCCUCCCACUGUACAAAAAUAAAGCCAAAAUAUCAGACUAUAUAUGAA